UGGCUCAUAACUACUUACGUAUAUUAAACGUUGGAAUGAAAGACGCGGGAGUUUACAAGUGCGAGGCCGAAUACGGAAACGGUUGCUAUAGUUAUAAGGAAGGCAAACUUCAGGUUGUAGACGUAAAGUCUUUCCGUUCAUAUUGCGGUAUAUCCAUUCAUGAAGAGGCUAUGAUUUCAUCAAGAAUAUCAAAGGGAUUAGAGGUACAACCUGGAAUGCAUCCAUGGCAUGUUACGUUUAGAACUACAGGGGAGGCAAUAUAUAGGAAACAAGCAUAUUGUGGUGGUACCUUGAUAUCCCAGCGAUACGUCAUAACUGCUGCUAGCUGUAUCAUUGACUUUAAUGCAGCAUUUCGUGUUCCUUUUUCGGCAGAAAAUGUGGAAAUUUUAAUGGGCACAACAGAUUGUACAGGAACUCAGAAUGAUGGGAUAAGAAGAACCGUACGAAGUUUUACGAUUCAUCCAGAUUACGAAGACAGAGGAGUUUAUGAUAAUGACAUAGCAUUGAUAGAACUGGACAGUCCGGUUGAAUACAACGAUAAUAUACGUCCUAUAUGUAUUGAACCGGCGGAAUACAAUGACAGGGUGUUUCUAGGUGGCACCUUUGGUCGCGUGUUUGGGAAAGUCGCUGGCUGCGGUGCAAUAACGUCAAGAGGCAGAUCGAUGCCGAAGAGACUGAUGGAUGUAUAUAUUCCGUAUGUGGACAGAGAAACGUGUCUUGAAUCAAUGGACCAUCAUCGUCAUAGGCUAACUGACACGAUGUUUUGUGCUGGGAGUAAUAUUGGUAGAACUGGAGACAGUUGCGAAGGAGACAAUGGCGGCGGCUUAAUCAUGGCAACAAGCACAAGAUGGGUUCUCACUGGGAUUGUUUCCUGGGGCAUGGGAUGUGAUGUGGAUAAAUACUACGGUGUUUACACAAACGUUGGCAUGUUCUAUGAUUGGAUAGAGAGUGUUACAAAAUUUAACGAAGAGGAGGUGCCAGACUUUAUCAAUCAUAAUUAAUCUUGAAUAGUGCAUACAUGCUGAUAUAAGAUGAACUACAAUAUGACUCAUUUAGCAAUAGUAGCAAUUUAUUAUUCAUUAACGUGCAUGCUUUGCUUAUGAUGUUUUAUUACAUGUUAACGUACUUUUCUGUUUCACUAUGGAUGAAAAGAAUGAAAUAUG